CAUCAGCAUGGCUGCCCUGCUUGUGAGAAGCGCGAUGGCUUCGCUCAUGGAUCCGCUCCUGCACCUAAGUCGCCUCACAGUGAAGCCCCGGGCCUUCUCCUCGUUCCUGCUGGGGACCCUUCCAAGCGCCAGACCCUGCGCAGAGGUGCGCUCGCUUCUCUGGGCCCGCCCCCUGCUGCCCCUGCUGCCCCUGCAGCCCUUGCUGGGCUUCAAGACCAAGGGUGUCCUCAAGAAGCGAUGCCGGGACUGCUACAUGGUGAAGAGGCGUGGGCGCUGGUUCGUCCUUUGUAAGACCAACCCCAGGCAUAAGCAGAGACAAAUGUGAGGGCAGGUGUUCAUAGGAAGUUCGUUUCGCCGUAUCAAAGAAAAAUAAAUGUACGCGUUCUGUAAUCGAA